UCCUCUGCAGAGUUCACACACACACACCUUUCUCUGCUUCUGUUUCUCUCAAAGUUUGAGUUUUUAACCAAAAAAAUGGCUCAGGGAAGAGGGAGUGCAAUGGUUGCCACAGUGUUUCUGUGCAUGUUGAUGUUUGUGCUUCACUCUGAGAUGGCUCAUGCAGCCAGCUACACUGUUGGAGAUUCAGGUGGUUGGACUUUCAACGUUGCUGGCUGGCCUAAGGGAAAGCGGUUUAGGGCUGGUGACACACUUGUGUUCAACUAUAGUCCUGCAGCACACAACUUGGUAGCUGUGAACAAAGUCGGUUACAAUACGUGCACAACACCAAGAGGUUCCAAAGUUUACAAGACAGGAAAGGAUCAAAUCAAACUUGUGAAAGGCCAAAACUUCUUCAUCUGCAGUAUUGCUGGACAUUGUCAAUCUGGAAUGAAAGUUGCUGUCACUGCUAUCUAAUUAACAUGUGUCAUUAGAGAACUAUCUCUUUUGACUUUUUAUGUAUGUUUCUACUGGUUGGGUCUAAAGUUUAGUGUCACUAGUUGCUGCUACUUCCUAGUGAUCAUGAAAUAAAAUAGAGAGCAGGAUUAGAAGGAAGAAAAAGAGUUGUAUGUGUGUGAAUGGGUAAGAGUUAUACUUACCUUAAAACAGAGUAGGUGUCUUAUAUAAAAAUAAAAUUGAAAGAAAAGAUGGUUUGUGGGUUUUUUUUUCUUCAAUUAUUAAUCUGAAUUCUGAGUACCACAUCUUUUCAUGA